AUGUUGGGGCUGGGGCAGGAGGGCGGCGGCGGCGGCGGCGGUGACAGCGGGGUGAUCGUGGGCUCGCCGGCGGAUGGGGGGAAGGAUGCGGCGCAUUUCAGGGGAGUGAGGAAACGGCCGUGGGGGCGCUUCGCGGCGGAGAUCCGAGACCCCUGGAAGAAGACCAGGAAGUGGCUGGGAACCUUCGACACGGCGGAGGAGGCCGCGAGGGCCUACGACGAGGCGGCCCGCAAUCUCCGGGGCCCCAAGGCGAAGACCAACUUCGGGCAUUUGUCGACGGCGGCCUGCUGCGACAAGCCGGAGAUGACGUCGUCCGCCGGAACGACGCUCUCUCUGUCGCCUCCGUCCCUCUCCUCUUCGGUGACCUCUUCCUCGACCUACCUGCCGAUGCCGCAGCCAUGGCGGACCGGCCGCUUCGUCGUAGGGACCGACAUUUGGGAUCUCCCCCCGGGCAUGGCGGCGUCUUUACCGACGGCGGGGCAGGAUGUUCUGCCGAUGCAGAUGCUGAUGUGGGGCGAGCCGGAGAAGAAGAUGAUGGGGGUGGCGGAGCAGCUUCGGCGGAAGCCUCAUAAAGAGGCUCUCUCAGACUUCCGCCACCUCCAGUUCAAGCUGCAACUGCAGCAGAGCAUCACCGCCGCCGAAAAGAGUAGGAAGCCGCCGCUAGCCUUCGACCUCAACCUCCCACCAGCCCCUACCUCCUGA